CUUCUCUCCACAGCAGCACCUGCUAACAGGUUGAAACUCUCAGACUCUCUCUGCGAUCUGAAACGACUGAGAUACACCUAUCCACCUGUACUAUGAAGCGCAACACUGCCACUGUUGCCUCCUUCCUCCGUCCCGCUGCAGCUGCAGUUCUCCUCCUGCUUUUCUUUGGCUGGGAUGAACAGGCUUGGGCACAUCCUGUGGACCGUCCACUCAGCCCGGUGCUCAGACAUCCGCAGACCUACCAGGACGUCCGGCAAGUGUCAGAACAUUAUCAGAGGAUCCAGGCAAAAGACGACGAGGACGACACGAGUAUGAGAACGAUACCCAGAGUUGAUACUAACGAUCACCACUUGGAGAUCUGCUGCCUGCACGCCAACAUCCUGGACUAUUACCUGACCAACAUCCUGCACCACACCAACAACGACCACGCCCACGUGCACCGGCUGAAGACCAACCUCCACCGCAUCAGCACCGACCUGCAGGCCCAUGGCUGCAAUGUCACUCAGUACCACGACCACAAAAAUGCUGUGGAUUUUCGCACCAAGCUUGAGAAGAUGGAGAAGAAGAAAGGCAUCACCAAAGCGAUCGGCGAGCUUGACAUCCUGUUCAGCUACCUGCAGGACUACUGCGUGGAGCCAAGGAACAGCACUGCCGCCUAACACCGCCAUAUCACCAAGUUUUAUACCAGCAGCUUUUAUACGUCUAUUUAUUCAUUUAUUUAAUUUGAGGACAUAUUUAACAUUUUAUAAAUAUACAGUUAAAAUAUUUCAGUUGAUUUAUUUAUUGAUGAUCAUAACAUGUAUUGACGAUUUUUUAAUGCCGGUGUUGUGCCAAAAAGUGAUUGCCUGCCAAAAACUGAUUUCCAAUGUUUCCGUGUAUUUUUUAUGUGUAAUAUCUUUACGUGUGUUGGUAAAUAGACUUCGGUGAACAGCUUUUACAAAGGGGUUAUAUAUAGAAUUAAAAAAUUAUCUGCUUUUUCAAGUAUCCUUACAAGUCUGUGUUAUUGUACUUACAUUAUAACCAAUCCGGUCCUUUAUCCCCACUUAAAAUAUUUUUACAAAA